AUGCGCGGACCUUACGUUACAGCGGCGGCCGCUGCAGCAGCCACGCUGAUGGCCAGCUCUGCCGUCUCCGCAAUGCCUCUAGGCUUUGACGAUUUGAGUGACCCAACCUCAUAUCUGUCUCCCCGUUCCUCCAUUUCAGAGCGCCGAGACGUUUCUAGUUCCCUCAAGACCUGCCUGAGUAAGACGGGAGCUCAGAUCGACUAUCCUGGAAGCAACGCAUACAACAGCGAGUCGUUCUCCGAGAACAGCUCCAUCAAGCCUUACCAGCCCGCCAUCAUCGUCACACCUGCCAACGCCCAGCAAGCAGCGAGCGCACUCAAAUGCGCUGCCAACGAAGGUGGCAAGACCAAAGUUGUAGCGAAGAGCGGAGGACACUCCUACGCUGGUUACUCUUUGGGCGGUCAAGAUGGCUCCUUGGUCAUCUCACUCUCCAAGUUGGAAACUCUGACCGUGGACAAAAGCGCCAAGACUGCGCGCGUAGGCGCAGGUAACCGUUUGGGACCCAUGGCACAAGCCCUUGGUGAAGCUGGAUUCGCCUUGCCUCACGGUACCUGUCCCACCGUCGGAACGGGCGGUCACUCGCUCGGAGGUGGUUGGGGCUUCAGCAGCAGAAAGUGGGGCUGGCUUCUGGACCACAUCGUCGAGAUGGAAGUGGCUACGCUGGAUGGAAAAGUCAAGAAAGUCAAUGCGCAGAGCACGGGCGACGAUGCCGAUCUUUGGUGGGCUCUGCGGGGUGCUGGCGCUUCGAACUUUGGCGUCGUCACCACGUUUACGUACGCUCUGGAAGAUGCACCCACAAACGUCAUCAAUCACUCGCGCACAUAUGCCAACAACAAGGACUGCGCUCAAGCGCUGCUGGCAUUCCAAGACCUCGGUGCCAAGACGGUCGCGAACGGCGGUCUGCCCGCCGAGUUUGGCGCCGAGCUCUUGCUCUACGGUGAAGGAAGCGGCUCCGACGGAGCUUGCACCAUUUCUGGUCAAUAUCUGAGCGGACCGAAACACUACCAGAACGCAUCGCUCAUCCUCGACAAUGCAAUCUCGAAGCGAGGCGUCAAGCCAUCCAAGACCUCUGCUCCCGCCUUUAGUGGCAGUCAGGAUGGCGACAACAGCGCUUGGCUUCAGGCUCUUAAGAACCUGGUGAGUCAUGGCACAAGCCUCUUUUUCACUUGAACGAUCCUGAUCUGUUGUGUCUUGCGAUCUUCUUGCAGAUGGGCGAUUUGCAACAAGCACCAGCUGCAGACCCUUACUACGCCAAGAGCUUGCUCGAUGAUGGUAAUGUGCGCUUCAACCCCGCUUCGGCCAAAGCCAUCAUCGACAAAUUGCAAAGCUAUGUCGGCGGCGAGGAAGGCAAUUCGAUCAGCUUCGACCUGAACGGUCCAGCAUCCAAGACCAACGCCCCUCUCAGCUCUGCCUCAGCAUUCGACACCAACCGAGGUUCGCUCUUUUUCAACCAAUUCUACUCUUACGGAGUGCCCGGCCCCGACAAUCCCAAGGGCCAGCAGUCGCUGUAUACCAAAUUCGAUAUCCUGGUCGACACUGUCAAGAACGCGGCACCGAACGCGAACUGGAGAGCUUACUCCAACUACGUAGACUUUAGACUGAAAGACUGGGGCCGCGCUUACUACGGCAGUAGCUUGGACAGACUGAAGAGCAUCAAAGCCAGACUCGACCCGAACAGCGUCUUUGACUACCAACAAAGUCUUGCUCAUGCCUGA